AUGUCGACCAAUGUUCCUUCUGAGUCAAACAAUAAGCUCCUAGCAGCUGAAAUUACAUUGCAGGAACUUCUGAAUGAACCGUACAAAUUCGUUCCAUCUCAUAUUCGCAAGUACACAGAUCAUUUACCACAAGACAAACCAAUGUCAAUUGAAGAAAUAGCCCAAAUACUCAAUACUCAACCUUUCAUUGUCAGUCGUCUUAUUCGUGCUCUCAGUUUGUCAUCUGUCAACGAAGAUGAAACUUGGUUAAAUAUAAGUGUAGUGCAAAAGCUCAUACGUAUUUUCAACAGCACUAUUGAUGUACGUUGCCUGUUAUUGUUCAAGAUGCUCGAUGCCAAUAAUGAUCAUUACGUGAGUAGAGGCGAACUGUCGCGCUUCUAUACAUCUUGUUUGGAAACUAUAAAAUACGUUGAAACUUCUCGAGUACCAUCUGUCAUUGAAAUACUUCUAAAAAGAUAUCAUCUGAAUAAAAAGCGACGAAUACGCUUUGACGAGUUCUACUCGAUUGUAAUGAAUGACGAAAUUUUAUUAGAGUCUCUAGCUAUAUUCACCGAUUUUCCUACAUGGGUUAGUAUCGUGAAGCCGUCUCCUAUUCGUCAAAAUAUAAUUCAAAGAUACUUUAUGGGUUGUUGCCAGCAAGAUUACAACAACGAGGAGCUAACCAGAAAAAUUACUUUUGAUCGUUUAAAAGAUAAUGUGCCACGUGUAAUUGCGGUUCUUCUCUACAUCUUGGUGAAUAUUGCAUUAGUGCUAUAUGUUAUAAUCUAUCGCGUAGUUGUAACCAAAGCAAAUGUGUUUGUUGUAUUUGCACGAAUUGGUGGAAUGUUAUUGAAUUUGAAUUGCUCAUUGAUCAUUGUGGUAAUGCUGAGAAGAUCUAUUUUCCUCAUUCGUGCUACCCCGCUGCAUAGAUUUUUGCCUAUCGAUGAUCAUAUUGAUUUUCAUAAAUUCUUGGGUCGUUUUAUCGGAGCAUUAUCUAUUCUACAUACGCUUGCGCAUGCAAUCAACUUUGGUAUAACGAAAGGUUAUUCCUGGCCCGUAUUCAUGUUUACCACACGCCCAAACGUAGGCUGGAUUGGUGGAUUUGCACCACUCAGUGGUGUCAUUUUGUGUAUCAUCCUCUUAGUGAUGAUUAUCUGCUCUAUGCAUUGGAUCCGACGUGGUGGACACUUUCAAGUAUUUUAUUGGACUCACCUUCUUUACAUACCUUUCUUUGCCUUUUUGAUAUUUCAUGCGACAAACUUUUGGAAAUGGGCUAUUGGUCCACUCACUCUCUUAUUUCUCGAAAAGCUGUACUCAUUUUGUACACGAUUCAAACCGGGUGAUUACAUUUUUAUUAAUAUCCCUCAAGUUGCUAAUUAUGAAUAUCAUCCAUUCACAAUCACUAGUGCUCCGGAGGAACUAGGAUAUAUACGUGUACAUAUUCAAGCAGUAGGAAAUUGGACGAAGAAAGUAUAUGAGAGGUUCAAAAUCAUUUCAGAAAAUGGCACCAGUGGAGGUGCAUUUCACGUUUAUCGAGCUGAUCAAAGAGCAGCUGUAAAUGUGAAUGACAAAAUAACGACGAUCAGUAUAAAUAUUCCAAUAGAAUGUGAAGAUCAAGGAGGGGGAGUGAAUGAUAAUCUCUCAGGCUCUUCGACAACAGACGAAAUGGUUCAACAGUCAAGAGAGAAAAUUAUUCUCAACGGACCCUAUUCAACCUGUGCUCGGUAUAUAUUCGACUGUAAUCAUGCUCUUCUCAUAGGAGCUGGCAUCGGCAUUACUCCAUAUGCGUCAAUUCUCUCGAGUCUUAUGGUUCAAUUUAGAGAGAAUCGGGUGACUUGCAAUCAUUGCCAAAAAGUUAACUACCCAGAAAAGAAUCUUUGGGACAAUCAGCGCUUAAAAAAAGUCGAUUUUAUUUGGGUGACACCAGAUUCGAAGAGUUUCGAAUGGUUCCUUGAUCUUCUUUGCCAAUUUGAAAAAGAUCAAGCAGAAUAUUUAAAAUCGAACACUAAUAAGAGUCGUUUCCUUAAUAUACAAUUGUAUUUUACAGGAAUCAAGGAAAAUAGAAGUGUUGAUCAAGUUUUGCGUCAUCAAGUGACGAACAUAUGGGCAGACGAGAUGGGCUCCGAUAUAUUUACUGGUUUAAAAUCACCCACAAAUUUCGGUCGGCCUGACUGGGAAAAAUUACUUCGAUCUAUGACUUCAGGUGACAAUAGUUCUACUGCAAAAGAUAUCAAUGUAUUUUUCUGUGGUCCUAAGAGUAUGGGAAAAAAAAUUCAGCAUCAUUGUGUUGACUUUGGAAUUCGUUAUUACGAAGAGAAGUUUUGA